CCAAUUCAUGGUGGUCAAUCAGAUUCAAGUGUUUUCUAUAUUCCAGCAGCACCUUUAUGCGACGUUAAUGCUGAAUAUUUGGUUCGACAACGUCAUUCUUUUGAAUAUGGUAUUCCUGCACCUGAUUUUCCCGGUGGCAAAGGUGAAUCUAAUCAUAUCGGACGAGCAACUACUAAAUGUGUUAAUACAGUUGAAGGUAAACGUACAAUGGGUCUUGAACCAUUUGAAAUCAAACCACAUAUGACAUCGGGAGAAAAAGAAACGAUCUUGCAUGCUAAUACUAUUUUAAAUCUAUAA